AUGGAAAAAUGCUGGUUUGUCCUGAAGCAGAGUCAUUAUCCACCUCCUCAGCUUCCAAAGAACCGUUUCGGCAUCGGUAUCGGGAACGGGGCGAUUUGUUUGGGGCACAUCAUUCCGGAUCUCACUAAUCUAGACGGGGUCAUCAACCGAAGUGAAGAAGGCAUAGAAUUCACGCCGGCCACUCCAAGCCGGGACUGGCGAAGAGACAUGGGCCUGGAGCUUGAAGUGGAUGCAAGUAUAAGAGCGCCGAUCGGAGCUUGGACGCCAACUUCUGCGAAACGGCAAACUAAACUUGCUUUUGAGCGCACCGUGAAGAACUAUAGAGACUUUGACACUCUGGAUCAAUAUAUCAUCCAGGUGGAUAAACGUUUCAUAAGGAGGAUUCUCAAUGACGAGGCGGUGGCUGCUCGUAUAGAACAAAUCAAGGGUGUUCGGCUUCAAGGGCUUGGUGACCGUUGGAGCGUAUUCAUGAUCACAGGCAUUAUUGUUGCAAGAGGCGCCAAAGGAAAAUCUGAGGAGGACGAAAUGGUCGAAGCGAUGUCACCAAACGCCACAAACGUUGCCAAUUCGGCAUCAAUUGACGUACCAGCGAACUUUGCGAAUCAAAACAACACUUCUUUAUCAACAGAAAAGACAGCCGACUUCGUUUGGGCUGUAAGGCUCCAGAAGAUAUGGAAAGGUGCCACGGAAAUUGACUGGAAGUAUAGAACAGUGAGUAAAGGGGCCAUUGCCGGUAUCGGUUACGAGAAACCAUGGAAGGACAGACUUCAAAGCAUACUUUCACAAGAAUUGUCCGCCGUUGGAACGUUUCAGGCCUUUGACCUGUCUGAAGAACAGGGCAUGAUUGUAUGCCUGGAUCCUUAUACACCAGCAGAACGUGAUCGAAUGUCACUUACAACGAAUGGCUGCGUAUAG